AUGCAUUUAGCCUGGCGAUUUCUAAUUGUAUCAUCUCAUGCUGCUGAUGCUGACAACCUUGAUAUCUUCUUGCAGGAACCUUUCUGUUCAAGCUUCCCAUCACCAAUAUUUUUUGGAAUUGGACAGAUAUCCGACAUCUUGUAUGUGUCAACAUUAAAUAAGAUUAUUCAUUUCCCUAAUUUUGACAAAAGUAUACCUGUGAAGUUGUUUCCUCUGCCUCUGAUUUAUGUUGGAAAACACAUAAGUGGAUUAUCAAAUACCAGCAGACUUGGUUUGCCGAUGUUUACAGCGCUCAGGAAGUUUACCAUUCCACUUAUAUUACUGCUGGAAAUCAUCAUACUUGGGAAACAAUAUCCACUAAGUAUUAUAGUCAGUGUAUUUGCCAUCAUUCUCGGGGCCUUCAUAGCAGCUGGGUCUGAUCUAGCUUUUAAUCUGGAGGGCUACACCUUUGUAUUGCUAAAUGAUAUCUUCACAGCAGCAAAUGGUUGUUAUACAAAGCAGAAAAUUGAUCCAAAGGAGUUGGGAAAAUAUGGCAUCCUUGUCUAUAAUGCUUGUUUUAUGGUGGUUCCAACUGUUAUUAUUAGUUUUUCUACUGGAGACUUUCAACAGGUAAGGAGCAAUAUUCCAUAUCUCAGAUUGAUAAUGGUCUUAGAGAUGGUCUUCUUACUGACAACUUUUUUAGGGUUUCUCCUGAUGUAUUCUACUGUCCUAUGCAGUCAUUACAAUUCUGCACUUACAACAACAGUGGUUGGUGCCAUCAAGAAUAUAUCCAUUGCUUACAUUGGAAUGUUGGUUGGUGGAGAUUACAUAUUCUCCAUGUUAAACUUUAUAGGGCUUAAUAUUUGUAUGGCAGGAGGAUUGAUAUACUCAUUUUUAACCUUAAGAGGAAACAGCAAGCCUAAGCAACCUGGAGAUGAAGAGAAUGCACUUCUUGAGUCAAAGAGUUAG